UUCGUUAGAUGGCGACAUAAAUAUAAUGGCAGAAUAAUAGUGUCAAUACCGUGAACGUCGUGUAUAGAUUAAUAUUUUUUAAAUACGAGGAAUAUAAUGAUACCAUUAAAAUAAAAUAAUGUAAGAUAAUAAGUAAACAAAUAUAUAGAAAACAAUAAAUAAAUAUCUAAAAACUCUACAAAAUGGAUAUCGCUAAAUCGUUAUUUAAUGUUCGUGAUCAUGAAGGUUAUGUUGGAAAAGAAGACCAUAACAAAAAAUUGGAAACUGCUGCUUCUGAAGAUGAAUUUGAAGUAGAAGUUUCAGGAUUAUGUGGCGAAAUUUUAUCUCCCGCACCAGGAGGUCCAUUUUCUGCCUUAACGCCAUCCAUGUGGCCCCAAGAUAUUUUAGCUAAAUUAAAUCAACCUGAUGAUCCCAAUUCGCAACCUGAAUAUAGGUUUGAUGAAUUUGGAUUUCGUGUAGAAGAAGAAGAUGGCCCAGAGCAAAGUUCAAAAAAGUUGUUAGGUAUCCCAUUUGUUGAAGAUCCCCAACAUAGACUACAAUGGGUUGCUCUGUUAGAAUUCAGCCAUAAUAAAGAAGUAGCUGAAUUUUCUUGGCAGAAUAUGGAUAGAAGAUUGCCACGUACAGAUAAAUUGCGAGAUAUGGUUCAUCGUGGUAUACCUCACUCUCUGAGACCUCAAAUUUGGAUGAGAAUGUCAGGUGCACUUCAGAAAAAAUGUUCUUCUGAGAUAAUGUAUAAAGAUAUAGUAAAAGCAUCAAGUAAUGACGCAUUGGUAACUAAUAAACAGAUUGAAAAGGAUCUUUUACGUAUUAUGCCUGCUAAUGCAUGUUUUAGCCACCUUCACAGCACAGGAAUACCACGUUUAAGACGUGUUAUGCGCGCUCUUGCUUGGUUAUAUCCUGAUAUUGGAUAUUGCCAAGGUACAGGAACAAUAGCAGCUUCUCUUUUAUUAUUAUUAGAAGAAGAAGAUGCUUUUUGGAUGAUGGCUACAAUAGUAGAAGAUUUAUUGCCAGCAUCUUACUAUUCUUCAACGUUAUUAGGUAUUCAAGCUGAUCAAAGAGUACUUCGUACAUUAGUGGCUAAUUAUCUCCCUGAUAUCGACCAUGUUUUAGUUCAACAUGAUAUAGAAUUAAGUUUAAUAUCUUUACAUUGGUUCCUGACUUUAUUUGCAUCUGUUGUACAUAAGAAAAUAUUGCUUCGUAUAUGGGAUAUGUUUCUUUUUGAUGGAUCUAUAGUUUUGUUUCAAGUUACACUUGGAAUGUUAAAAAUUAAAGAACAUGAAUUAAAGGAAUUAGAAAACUCUGCACAAAUAUUUAAUGCUCUUUCGGAUAUACCCGGAGAUAUUGACGAUGUCGAUCUAUUAUUUAAAACGUCUUUAGAAGUAAGUGGAUCAUUAACAGACGUUUUGGUUGAAACUCACAGACGUAGACACCUGGCCUAUUUAAUGGCAGAUCAAGGUGGUUUAGUGGGUAAUCCUGAUGCUGUACCAAAUUUACCAAAACAACAUCUCAAUAGGCGUCAAAUGAAAAAAAAUAAAUCAAUGUUUCAAACGUUCUUGUUUGGAAGUUAUGAUACUGAAGAUGAUGCAAAGUCAAAAAAUAUUCGACAGACAGAAAUAUUGGUUGAUUUAAGGGAAGCUGUUUUGCAAGUUGCUAGACAUUUUAUAAAUGUCGACCCGAAAUUAAAUAGUAUUGUGCUUAUAGCAGAUUAUAGUAUGGAGAGUCAUGCAAAAGAUCAUGAUAAUUAUGUUAAUGUUUCACGGACUAGAAAAAGGAGAGCUAAGGCGUUAUUAGAUUUUGAAAGACAUGAUGAUGAUGAAUUAGGUUUUCGAAAAAAUGAUAUAAUUACAAUUAUAAGUCAAAAAGAUGAACAUUGUUGGGUUGGAGAACUUAAUGGAUUAAGAGGAUGGUUUCCUGCAAAAUUUGUAGAAUUAUUAGAUGAAAGAAGUAAACAAUAUACGUGUGCUGGAGAUGAUGCAGUUAGUGAAGCUGUUACUGAUUUAGUCAGGGGAACUUUGUGCCCCGCUAUUAAGGCAGUAUUAGAACAUGGAAUGCGUAGACCAUCAUUCUUAGGUGGCCCAUGUCAUCCAUGGCUUUUUAUCGAAGAAGCUUCAAAUAGAGAAGUGGAAAAGGACUUUAAUUCAGUUUACAGUAGAUUAGUGUUAUGUAAGACAUAUAGACUGGAUGAAGAUGGUAAAGUUCUCACGCCUGAAGAGUUAUUAUACCGAUGCGUUCAGUCAGUAAAUUUAACCCACGAUAAUGCACAUGCUCAAAUGGAUGUAAAAUUACGAUCUCUUAUUUGUCUCGGAUUAAAUGAACAAGUGUUACAUUUAUGGCUUGAAGUUUUAUGUUCGUGUGUAGAAGUUGUACAAAAAUGGUACCAACCAUGGAGUUUUAUCAAUAGUCCUGGCUGGGUACAAAUUAAAUGUGAAUUAAGAAUAUUAAGUCAAUUUGCAUUUAAUUUAAAUCCUGAUUGGGAAUUACCACCAAAAAAAGAACAAUCACAACCUCUGAAAGAUGGCGUGCGUGAUAUGCUAGUUAAACAUCAUUUGUUUAGCUGGGAUCUUUAGCGCACAAUACGAAUUUUUGUACUAAAUAUCGUCGUGUAUAUUAUAUGCAACAAUAAUACAAGGUAAUUGUGUAGUACAAAUCACUUGCUAUUAUGUAUGUAGAAUGAGCAUUGUAUGUGCGAACGUGUGCGUGCAUGCGUACUAUGUGCGAACGCGCGCGUGUGUGUGUGCUAGAUAAAAAUUUAGAAAUAAAUUAAAUAAAAAUUUAUUUCUAAAUUUUUACCUAAAUAUAAGUUAUUUUAAUCUCGUUGUUUAAUAUAAACAAAUGUUAAUGAAUCUCACUAAUCAAGUUUUUGAUUGGGUUAAUGACGAUUAAAAGUGAAUUGUAUAUACUUUCAUAUAUACGUAUGUUACAUGUGGUGGUUAAUUCUAUUUAACGAAAGGAGUUAAACGGAUAAAUCUAUUGUGUAUAUCGCAUUAAAAUCAGUGUGAUAAGUAUUACUAUUCGUACUUUAAAAAAUUUUAAUGAUAAUUUGCAUGCAUAUAUUAUUUAUUCGUGUUUAAGUUCUAAUGUAUACAAAUAUCUUUAAACAAUAAAACUUUUCAUUUAAAUUUAUAA